AUGGGCAACGCAUACACGAUUGAACUGCCCCGUAAGGUGCGCACGGAUCCUACGUUUUACGUCGGUCGUCUCCGCCCGUACUAUCCGUACGAGCCCGUUUCGAGAUGCGAAGAACACCUCCGUGGUAGAGAGCCGAGACCACCUUCGAGUGGUCCCGUUUCAACGAGCCAGUCUGGUCGACUAGCGGAGCGACCCAUUCACGCAGCUCAGCGACGUCUCGACGAGCUGCAGCCAGCUCGUCACGAAGAGAACGAGUCGAACGUUCGCUCUCAAGUUGCGCGACUGCAAACGCGGCAAGAUCUUCUAAACGUUUGUGCGCUAAGGAAUUGUAAUAUUUAUUUACAAGGUCAUGCAGCUCAAAUUACCGAGUCCGUUUACAAGCCUUGUCGUCGUGUUACUGAUCGGUCACACGGUUCAGAUCCUGAACAUCGAGCUUAUCCGACCCUCGAGCUGGAUCAGGUGUUCCCGUCCCUAACAAAUUCUUUGGAGGAUUCUGGCGGAGGUCAACGCUUCUUAGCGGAGCGUAUUUUGAACCACAGCGACGUUAAGGGCGUCCGGAAGAGUUACCUCGUCCGCUGGCGUGGCUAUCCACCGGCGUGGGACAGCUGGGAUCCUCGUGCUUAG